AAAGGAGGGAAGUGAGGAGCUGUGUGUGGGCGGGUAAGAGCCGUCUGAAACGGCGAAUCAAUACUUUAUUAUGCCUCUAAGAGCUCCGCAAUCUGUCCUGAGCGCACUAGCUGACCGGGGGUUAGUUGGUUUUCUGUUGUGUAAACUAAAAGUGGCUACCUGCACACUCGGAAAUCGUGAACUUUCUUUGCACUCUGCCGGCGCCUAGCACUCGGUUCUGCAUGUCUUGGGGCAGGCUUAGAGACGGCGCACACCGACGGGACAUACGGAGUGAGACGGAUGCAUGCAAAGUGGCAGCUGAGCUGAAGCCACAUUUGCUGCACAUUUAAAUCGUACCACCACGUACCACGUUUGGCACAAUAACGGCUGACUUGAACGCACAGCAUGGGCGGAGAACCCCCUGGAGGGAGCAGCAGCAGCAGCGUCGGCGAAAGUGGACAGGAGCAGUACCAGGCUUUAGCCUUCGACACCGCCGUCAGUACUCUAGUGGCUGUAGCCGUGUACGUGGUGGUCAAAGUCAGCCUGGACGGCUUCAGACAGUGGCGCUCCAAGAUCUCCGUGUUAAUAGUGGGCUCGGGACCGAUCGGCCUGACCGCAGCGUUGGUCGCUGUCCGCUCGGGGAAGGUGCUGAAGCUGACAGUGCUCGACGAGCGGUGCCGGAGCGCCCUGCUCUGCCGGCCCCAGCAGAUCGCCCUGGACCCCCGCAGUGUGGGGUUUCUGCUGGGGUUAGGGGUGGACUUUGAUAAUAUGGAGGGGUGCUGGCACAACGAGCACUUUUUCACCAAGAUCGGGGUGUUUCAGGAGUAUUUGUUGAGCAUCUUGGAGCAGAAGAAGCAGAAGGUCGACGUCCGUGUACAGCUGGGAACCAAGUUCACCGAGGAGUACCUGCACCGCCUCCCCCGGCCCCAGUGGCCCCGGGUGCUGGUGGUGGCCGACGGGUCCUGCGGGGACUCCUGCUCCGUGCUGGGCAUCAGCUCCGACUACGCGGUGGAGUCCUGCCGGGCCUACGGCGCCAACGCCACCAUAGAGAGGCUGGACCAGAGACAGGUGCCCACCCCAGAGAUCCGGGCUCACCGGCUCUACUUUGACCUGUCGGCCUACGGGGUAGAAGCGCUCCGGGACCACAAGAACCACGCCUCCAAGCCCGGCUUCCACCUGAAGAUCUACGGAACCUUGCGGAGCCGCUACAUGGCGCUGGUGUGCCCGGCCUCCGACACCAAGAUGGUGCGCUUCCUGUGUCACACCGCCAACGCCUCGAUCAUGAAGAACAUCUUCCACCAGUCCUUCAACGCCUACAAGACGGACAUCGAGCCGCGGCUCAGCGACCUCACGCUGCACCGCCUUCAGUGCAGCCGGCGCCUCUUCGAGGUGCAGCUGUCGCACCGCCAUGUCAGCGCGGCCUACAUCCAGGGGGACAACGUGGCCGUCACCGUGGAGGGCGAGGCCGCCCGCGUCCUCAACUUCGACACAGGUUGUGGUGUGAAUCUGGGCAUGCGCGGUCUUGAGUCUCUGAAAACGUUUAUCUACAAGACGGCCACAGCUGUCGAUCAGAACGACGUUCUAGAAGCGCUGGCCGCUAAAAUCAAACACUCCCGGCAAGUAUCAGAGACCUUCAAGCAGACGGGCCUGUUAGAGUCCAUGUACGAGUAGGCCUCGAAGCUUGUGAAGAACCAAUAUCGCCACCUUGUGGUGAGAUGAGUGCUACUGCACUACAAUGUUGAUAAAAUGUCUUUACCAGUGCUGUGAUGAGUCUUAUGUUUACUGAAUCGAAAUAUGGGUAAAAAAUAUUAUUAUUAUACAGCAUAACAUACAACCAAUGGACUGCAAUUAUGUGGCGCUCUCCUAAAAUGGCCACUCAUAGCGCUUUACAAUUAUUGCGUAAUAUUCACCCAUUCAUACACACAUUUACGGUUUCACCAAAGGAAAGCUCGUCGGGAGCAGUCGGGGUGAGGCGUCUUGCUCAGGGACACCCCGACACUCAAGUCAAGUCAACCCGCUGGAACUCUUGAGCUACUGCCGCCCAACCGGGUUAGUUAAGAGACAUUAACCAACAGUUCAUCACAACUAAAAAUAUUUUCAUAAAAGAAUGUCAAGAUUAGCAGCCUUUUUCUUUUUUUGAUGCCAAUAGCAGCAAUUGUAAUUUUUUUAUUUAUUUUUUUAUUCAUUGUUCAACUAUGUUGGGGAACCUUUGUAUAGUCACUGUUUAUACACUGUCUUGAUGUUGCUCCGCUUAAAUAAACUGUCAUUGUGCUAUGCUUUUCUUAGUCACAGAUUAGAAAAAUGCAGUUUCAGGUGUUGAUGUAAUAAUUACACACUGGCCAGACAUUUAUUUGGGUUAGGAUUAGGUUAGAUAAAUGAACCGAUAGUAACACCUGUGUUUAGAUAAAAUGUUCAGCAGAUCUAAAGGUGUUUUCAUUGCAGGUGUGCACCAGUUGGUGCUAUAUAAAUGGUACCUAGUUCCUAUAUAGGUCCUAUAUAUGGGACCAGAUAAUAUAUAUCUAAGUUGCAUUUAUGAGUCCUUAUAAUGGCUGGGGUCAGAGGUUAAAGUGCCACAAAAUAACUUGUUAGUGCCAGUCAUCCGAAUAAAACAAAGAUGAA